AUGCAAUUCCUCAGCUCAAAGUCGCUAUUAUAUAUCAGGAUUGUUUCACACUUUGUGCUAGCGUACUAUUUGGUUCAAGAUCCGGAGGGGCUCGUGUCGGCAGGAUUUGUUAUACUCAUGGGCCAAGCAAUGCAGGCACCAAUCUUACACUUGAGUCCGAGCAGUCCAGUUUUGGGUAUGUUGGCAAUUUUUGUAUCGGCCCAAGCCAUAAGUGAUUUGGUCCCGUUGCUAGCUGAAAAUUGGAACCAUUUUGAAACUUUAGUGCCAGUGAGAUUGUUUUGCUACUUUUUGAUCACCGCAUACAUAUACUUUGUACCCACCAGCAAAGUUAGCAACAGUUUAGUUGCCACCUAUGCCAUGCUUGAAGUUUGGACAAACUUCCUUAUCUAUAAUAACUUGAGGGACGAAAAGUUUUACAGGAUGAAGAAAUUUGUCGAGGAAAAUGCGGAUGCUAUAAGGAAGGCUCAGGAUGACCAGGUGAGAGUUAUUGAAGAUUAG